CUCAAAAGCCUAAUGAAGAACACUUUCUACUCUCAGCGUAAAGAAGUUAACCAGGGGAAAAACAUCAAGCAUCUCCUGGAACAGUGGCCAUUUUUCUUUGAGGAACUUGGCUUGGCAGUCCACUUCAGGGAACUCACCGGAAUUGGGCUUCAAGAAACGUUCUUGAGGAAUCUGGAUAUGAAAGGGAAACGACUCCUGAACUACCUGAACACUGUUGCUGUCCACAAGAACAAAAGGUUCCUACAGGCUUUAACAAAGUUAAAAGCGAUGAGAGGAGAGCUGUGUGGUCUCUCUGAAGACGUCAAAGAGAUGGUGCUGCUUCUGCUGUCAUACUUCGAUGAGAAAGAAGACGCGAUGUUCUGUUAUGUGGAGGACACGUGUCUGGCCGAGGAAAUACAGAUGGAAAAAGUCCACUUGACCCCUACCAUUGUUGUGUGUGGACAAUCCUGCUUUUCUUCAAGGCGCACCAUGCUGAGCGUGGAUCGAAAUAUCGUCAACGACCACAUCCCCUCAUUCAUUUCUGCCCUGUGCUUGAUGUUUGGGAGCUUCUAUUGUUUCAACAUUCAUUACCCGUCAGAGCUGGCAUCAACGCUGGAGUUUCUGCAAAGGUGUUUUUUCUCCAUCAACCCAGAGAAGGGCACUAAAGUGGAGAAGACCAACACAUCCCGUCUUACCGUCAACCCAAGGGUCCUCACCUUGAUCCAGGAUCUUUCGGAUCAUGAAUGGUGCGAUGUCUGAACAUGGACCACUCACAGCUUGAAGGUUUAUAUCAGCCCAUUAUGUUCUUUGUAUUUCAGGCUUAAAGGGUAAUUCCUGUGUAAAAAGGAUUUGGGAUAUGUUUUGUAUGAUAAAGAGUUGAAACGUUCAUUUUGGAGCACAAAAAACACAUAUAGACGCAUUCUUCAGUUGGCUGUUAAAGAAGUUAAAGAAGUUUUUACCAUAACCAGUGCCCCCAUUGUUCCAAGUUGUUCAUUGUUCUUUAUCUACAUAGUUAUACGUGUCGUUUGCCUUAAAAGGCUCUACAUUUCACUCUCAACCUGUAUACAACACACUGUAUCUAUGUUAAGCAAUUUAACUGACCUUAAACUGUUAAAGAAAAGGGCUUAAAAAGUUUUGUUAAAUGUUUCACGAAGACAUGCCUUUCAAUGUUUUUAUGUUUUUUUUUUUGAAAAAUCUUACCUUCUGUGGGAUUAAUAAAUUCUUGGAAAGGCAA